AUGCAGUCUGCCCAGACAUCGGCGUCGGCGAGGUUCCUCUGCACCUCCCAAACGCAGCUGUUACACUUGAAUCCUGCCCCGAAGCUGAUCAUGAGCACCCUAUCCUUCUUCUUCAACUUUCUCUUCGCUUCCAUGUAGCCCAGCACGUACCACAGACUGCUGGCCGAGGUGUUCCCGAAUCGGUGAAGGGUCAUACGAGACGGCUCGAGGUCGCUCUUCUCCAGCCCGAGCCCCUUCCCCACGGCGUCAAUGACCGCCGCGCCGCCUGGGUGGAUGCAGAAGUGCUCAACUUCAGUUCUGAAGUUGAUCCGCGCGGGGCUGUCGCUGGGAACCCCCUUAGGGGAGCCCCUCAGCCGCUGCCACUGGCUCAAGGCUAUGUAGUGGAGGAUCUGGCUCAAAGGGAGCACCCUGGGGGCCAGGUUGCGGAGGUUCUCGAAGAAGGCCCUGGUGGCGGCCUUGGGGAGCUCCUUCCCGAGGUAG